AUGGACGGCUUCCUCGACGGACAGGUCGACUGUGGACAUGCGCAGGCUGCGGCACAGGCACAGGCGCAGGCGCAGGCGCAGGCUGUGGCACUGGCUGAGGCGCAUGCACGGGCGGCUGGUGGUGGCGGUGGAGGCGGUAGUGGUGGUGGUGGUGGUGGUGGCCUCGCCGGCCCGCCGCUGCCGGCUGGAGCGAUGGGCGCAGUGGGUGCGGGGGCUGGCUUUGAUGCCGGCGAGUUCUACUCGCAGCAGCAGAUGGAGGCGCUGUGGCGGAUGCAGGCAGCGGCAGCGGCUCAGGCGCAGGCUCAGGAGAGUGCGCAGGGCGCGGUAGCGCAGGGCGGGGGACGAGCCAAGCCCGCGCCCGGGCUGGGCAUGGGCCCGAUGGCCGGGAUGAUGGGCAUGGGCCCGAUGGCUGGGAUGAUGGGCAUGGGCCCGAUGGCGGGGAUGAUGGGCAUGGGCCCGAUGGCAGGGAUGGCGGGUGUGGGCCCACAACAGAUGCUGAUGGGUGGUGGCGCUGCUGCUGCGGCGCCGCAGUCGCACAUUGCGUCGCUCUUUCAGCCGUCGGCAGCGCCACAGCGCCCGGCACCGCAGCCGGUAGAUGAGGCCCUCGCCGAGGAAAGCGGCGAAAUGGCAAGUGAGGCGCCGCAGGACUCGUGGACCCGGCAGUUUAUCAAUGAGCGCAACCAGACGCGGCUUGCCGAGCACGACAUCUCGACCGACGAGCUGCAGCAGCUGUCGCGGGCGGUUGUGGACGGAAUUGAAGACCCGCGAGUGAAGAACUCGGACCUCAUCAAAUUCCUCAACAAGGUCGCUGACGGCUCUGUCCGCUUUGAAGGCGGCGAGAUGGUGACCGGCGAGGCGACUGGCGCGGCGGCGGCGAGCACGGCGGCGACGCCUGCCCUGGGCGCGGCGGCGACGCCGAAGUCGGCAGCGGCACUUGUCGACAACCUGCUUGCCAGACAUGCUCCGGAGAGCUCUGUGAACGCAGCUUCGGAAGCAGGCGCGGUCGAGGCGGAGGCUGCGGCUGCGGCUGCAGAUGCGACAACGCCGGCCGAGGCAGCGGAGGCAGAGGCAUCAGCGUGGGGCGCAGCGGCGGCGGCGGCCAAGGGCUACCACUUUCAAAAGACCAACCCGUACCUCGCGUCGCAGGCCGAGACGCCGGCCGAGAUGAGCGCGCUGGAGCGCGGGAUGGAGCUGCUGAAGACCGGCAACAUCGCUGAAGCCAUUCUUGCGUUUGAGGCUGCGGUGGUGGAGGACGAGUCGUCGCUGGCGUGGCAGAUGCUUGGCCUCUCGCACGCAGAGAACGACAAGGACUACUACGCGGUGCUGGCGCUGGAGCGGGCGGUGGCGCUCGACGCGCACAACAACGAGGCGCUGAUGCACCUUGCGGUGGCGUACACCAACGAGUCGAACCGGGCCAAGGCGCUCGAGGUGCUCGAGCAGUGGAUCCGGCAACACCCCGAGUACCGCCACAUCGACUUUGACUCUGUGUCGUCGGCCGACCCGUUUGGGGCAUCCGAGGCCGACACGGCGGGCAUGCCGGAUCUCUCGGACCCUGCCGAGGUUGCGUUCUACCAGCACUUUACGGCGUACUGGAAGUCGUCGCUCGAGUCGCACGCGAGGGUCACCAACAUGUUCCUGGAGGCUGUGCGGUCUAACGCGUCGUCCGGAGCCGGGCUCGACGCCGAUGUCCAGGUCGGCCUCGGCAUCCUGCUUAAUCUCUCGCACGAGUUUGACAAAGCUGCCGAGUGCUUUGCCGCUGCGCUGCAGUCUCGACCGGACGACUACAUGCUGUGGAACAAGCUCGGGGCGACGCUCGCCAACUCGUCACGGUGCGAAGAGGCGCUCGACGCCUACCAUAACUCGCUGCUGAUCAACCCGUCGUAUGUGCGGGCCAAGGUCAACAUGGGCAUUUCCUGCUCGAACCUCAAGGACUUUGCCGCGGCCGCCGUCCACUACCUCGGCGCGCUGACCAUGGAGCCGCGGUCGCAGGCCGAGCACAUCUGGCACCUGCUGCGGAUGUCGCUCGCGCUCAUGGACCGCGAGGACCUGGUCAAGCUCAGCUACGAGGGCAACCUCGACGCGUUCCGGGCCCACUUUCACUUUUAG